CUUCUCCCUAAACCCCACUAGAACCCUUUCUCUUCUUGUUUUUGGGGUUUCUGAAUCUUCUCCCUCUUCAUCAAGGGAUUAACACGCUGACUUGAGAGGGGGGCAAGAUGAGUAUUGUAGCAGGGUCAUAUGAGAAAUUCAUAUGGGGAUUCAAACUCAAAAGCCUAAAGAAAUCCCAAACCCUAACCUUAACCCCACUCUUCUCCUACCCCUCCCACCUCUCCCCCAUCAAGUCUGUUGCUGUUGCUGGACCCGUUGCGGCCUCCGGCGGCACUGAUGACUCCGUUAAGGUCUACGACCUCUCCUCCUGCUCCGAGAUCGGAACCCUAACUGAUCACUCUGGCGCUGUCACCUCCCUCUCCUUCUUUUCUCCCUCCUCUCUCUCCUUUCCCCGCAACCUCCUGUCCGCCUCCGAUGACGGCUCCGUUUGCAUCUACGACGCCGACCCCUUCGUCCACCUCAAGACCAUCGCCGCCCACAAGAAGGGGGUGAACGACCUCUCCAUCCACCCCUCGGGCAAGUUGGCCUUGACUGUGGGGAGGGACUCGUGCUUGGCCAUGUUGAAUCUCGUGAGAGGGAGGAGGAGUUUUUACUGCAGAUUGGGUAAGGAGGCGAGUUUGGUGAAAUUUGAUUUGAGCGGUGACAAGUUCUAUAUGGUUAUGGAGGAGAAGGUGUGUGUUCAUGAGGCAGAGGAUGCGAAAUUGGUCUUCGAAAUGGAGAACCCGAAACGGGUUCUUUGUGCAGCACCUGGCUCGAAUGGACUUCUAUUUACUGGUGGUGAGGACCGGAAUAUUACUGCAUGGGACACAGCUAGUGGGAAGGUUGCAUACUGUAUCGAGGAUGCACAUUCAGCCCGUGUGAAAGGUAUUGUUGUGCUGUCUAGGAAUGAUAGUGGCACUGCUGAUGAUGAUCCGUACAUGGUGGCAUCUGCAUCAUCAGACGGGGUUAUUCGUGUUUGGGAUGUUCGCAUGGCCAACAGGGAGAAGCCGAAUCCACUAGCAGAGGCUAAUACGAAAUCGAGGCUGACAUGUCUUGCUGGAUCCUCCCUAAAAUCUUUCAAAGGGCCACAGGUUGUGAGCAAUGCCCCAAAAAAAGAGCAGGAUGCAGUGAUGGAAGGUUCAUGAUAUAUCCAUGUAAUGCUGAUGGAAGAAGCUCCCGGAUAAGCUUAUUGCAGUCAGCUGUUGUGCACGUGUCUCUAGGGGUUGCUGAGAAACUCACCGCUUGGGCCCAGUUGGGUCAACAGUUCAAUUUUGACAUUCUGAAGUUGUGUUCAUAUGUGAUUUCUAGGUUAUAUAAAAGUGUAUCAUUUGAUUACGGCCGUACUUUAUUAAAGAUUAUGGUUGAUUAUGACUUCAUCACUC